CCGCGGUCAAUUGGGAAGGAUGAUCACUCCGUAGACUAAGGUCUAAACAUAGUACGAGUAUACCCUAAGAGUCGCUCAAUCUAUUUCCUUCCAUUGUUAUCUUCCCUAAAUCCCCUGUCCGCGACACUUUACAUUCCAGCCUCCAAAGAACUUCUAGCUUGAAGCCCACAGUAUACUCCCAAAAUGAACUACUUUAUCAAAACCCCGGCAGCUGAGGACUCCCACACCCUCAGAAUAACAAUCACCCCCCAUUUUGACGCUCAAGGCGCACAUCACCUAUUCAUAGACCAAGCCCUCUCCAGCCCAAACUGCUUAGCCCACCAGCCCCUUUUCAUAUUCGAGACAAAAUACGGAAAUGUCCCCGCGCACCCAUUCACCGAGAACGCCAUACAAGCCCACGACGCAGCUGGUCCUCUCCAAAUCUCCUUUACCCCAAAAUCUGACUCCCCAGACCAAGAAUGGCGCGUGGACCGCAACACCUCCGGAGACGUCACCUUGCAAUUCAACGUCUUCCCCCGAGAAGUAGACAUAACGACUCCAAUGGGCCCACGCGUCGACAUGCGUCGUGAUCAAGGCGGCCUCUGCGCCGGCGGAAGAUGGUUCCUGCCCCGACCGGCAGUCGAUCGUGAGUAUCACAAUAUCGUUGAGUGGGAUCUCGCACAGGCGCCAGAGGGAACGCGCGCUGUGUGGUCGUACGGUGAGGGUCCUGGGCCUGUAACCAAGGACGGGAACCCGAAUGUCGUAACGGAUUCGAUCUUUAUGGUUGGGCCGGUGAAGAGUUAUCUCAAUUCGGGUGUUUUGUCUGGUGCUUAUUCUGGUGCGAAUAUCUAUUGGUUUGGAGAGCUGCCGGAUAAUCUGCAGCGGUUGAAUGAGUAUAAUGUUUUGUUGUUUCCGAAGUUAGCUAGCUUUUUUCAGAGGGAGGAUGCUUCGUACCGGGUCUUUAUUCGGAAAGUUAUUAGAGGCUUUGGGGGAAGCUCGUGUCUGGAGAGCUAUAUGCUUGAAUACGAUAAGACGGUUUCGGAGGAGACGGAUGAGGACAUGAUCUGUCUCCUUUCUCAUGAGAUGAUACAUAGCUUCUCUUUUAUGGAUCCGGAGAUUGAUGGGUACGAUAACGGGUGGUUUAUUGAAGGCAUCGCGGAAUUUUACUCUAUAUUCCUUCCUUAUCGGUUCGGUCUUCGUGGGGUGGAGUAUCUGCAAAGCAGACUGAAUGCAGUCUUGCACGAAUACGGAACAAGCCCGCGAAUUGAGAUGGACGCAACCGAUGCCCAACACGAGUUCUACAAUGACUGGUAUGCAGAACGGAUUCCAUACAUGCGUGGCUGUGUCUAUCUUCUGCAGAUUGAUAGCCAUCUGAGGAAAGUCACUGGUCGUUUUGGAAUCGACCAGAACAGUCCGUUAGACGACAUACUUGUCGAAUUGGCUAAACGCUGGCAUCGCGGGAGACAGGUUCGAGCGAGAGACUGGCUGGAGUAUCUGCGUCCAAUCCUAGGAGAGAACACAGAUAUUGCUGGGGAUUUCCAGAGUAUGCUGAGAGGCAAAGUGCUUGAUAUGCGUGAUGUGUUGGUGACAAACAAGGACUGGUCUCUGUCUUGGUCAAUGCAGGAGGUCCUAGAGAUUGGCUACGACAAGUCGAGCAACAGUACACGCAUUAUUUCUGGUGUUGUCCCCGGCUCAAGGGCUGCUCUUGCUGGAUUGAAGGAUGGAGAUCACAUUGUGUCUACAUCGCGGGUAAGUAAAUGUUAUGACUCUCUAUCUGCGUACUACGAACUGGUCAUUGAGCGGGCUAGUGAGAGAAUACAUAUCUCUUACUGGCCGCGCUCAUUUACAAAAGCGAGGGUCUGGCAGCUGGUGCAGUGACGGGGUGAAGAAUCAAGCGCGAAGGUAGUCCUGUUAGAUAGCUUUGAGGCGAACAGGUAGGACGGAGAGGAGGUUUUUUAUUCAGGGGGAGAGACAUUGGCUGUGAUGGAGCAAUGAGUGUCGUCCAUGAUAAUCUGAAUGCCCACCAGGGGAUUCUCCAUCAGAAAAUUUAACUCGCACAUAUCAGCCACGUACAGUUUGAAACUCUCUCUGUAUAUUAAAAAAGGGAUAUUUUCCUCCUUCACCUACCUGCUCCAUACCCACCUUGGUCUUUGAAUAUCUCACAUUUCU